CUCCACGAUUGAAGAGUCACCACCGGUACAUUCGAGAGCAGUUCAUAGAUUCGCCCAUAUAUACACGGUUAUAAAUAUUGGAAUUCUGAGACGAGGGUAGCUACAAUUUUACAUCUGAAUAGCAACAUGGCACCAAGCGAACUCAAUUUCAUCACCGGCAACGCCAACAAGCUUGCCGAAGUAAAAGCCAUCCUAGGAGACACUGUGGUACUCAAAAAUCAGAGUCUAGACCUGGUCGAAAUACAAGGCACAGUUGAAGAAGUCUCUAUUGAUAAAUGCAAGAGAGCUGCGGAAAUCAUCGGUGGACCUGUCCUAACAGAAGAUACUUGUUUAUGUUUCAAAGCGUACAAAGACCUUCCAGGACCGUACAUCAAAUGGUUCUUGAAGGCCCUUGGGCCCCAUGAUCUCUACAAAAUGCUCGACGGCUUCGAGGAUAAAUCUGUCCAAGCUGUAGCUACCUUUGCGUACUCAGAAGGGCCAGGGCAUGAGCCAAUCCUGUUCCAAGGCCGAACAGAUGGAAAACUAGUGCCCUCAAGAGGCCCUACCGUCUUCGGCUGGGACUCCGCUUUUGAAUAUACGCCAAUGGGCCAAACGUACGCUGAAAUGCCCAAAGAGGAAAAAAACAAGAUCUCGCACCGCGGCAAAGCGUUGGAAAAGCUCAAAGAGUGGCUCAAGGAGAACACGGAGUGAAAGACCUUCACUCCCCAUCGCCAUCUUCCUCGGCACUACGAUCCUGCUUCCACCUCUUCACCCACUGUUGUAUUCGCUCCACAUUUGAGUCGAUAUCAUCCAACGAAUCACUCUGGAGUUCCACGACGAUUUCCUCAUCGUACGCUUCGCGAGCUUCGUCCAGCAACACUUGCAUGAUCUCGGCGUCCAUGUUCUCUUCAAGCUUCUUGGCUGAAUAUUUGCGAGCGCUCAGGCGGUCGUAUAGAAUGGUCGAAUCGCAUCUGAGAACAAUCACGAGAUCGAUCCAGGACUUUGGAAAGAGAUCGCAAGCGUGCCAAUCCAGUAUGAACCCCCCGGAUGGAAUAUUUGCGGACUCGAGAGCGUCCAGCAGCUGUAGGACGCAUGAUCAGUAAAAGUUUCCUAGACUAUAGAAGAACUUUCCUUUCUCA